CAACCCCUUUACUCUCACUCCAAACACUUCCUUCUCUUUCCUCGCAUUCAAACCACUGUGUCCUCUCACCUCAUUCUUCAGACAAACCUAACAAAGCUUUGUACUUCUUCAAUCUUUGCCUCAUUUGUCAUUCCCAUUCUAUGAUCCACCAUGUUUGAGACUGGCAGCAGUGGCCGUGACUCUGGUAUGAGCUUGGAGACUUCCACACAGCGAACUUCAAUGAGCAGCGGCAGCGACAGCGGUUGCAGCACCAGCUUCAGCCGUCUCUCUUUCGACCUCCUCCGCCCCUCCUCCCCACCAGAGAGCCUCUCCGUCAAACCUCACCGCUCCUCCGACUUCGCCUACUCCGCCAUCCGCCGCAAAACCUCCCUCACCUUCCGUGACUUCCACCUCCUCCGCCGCAUCGGCUCCGGCGACAUCGGCACCGUCUACCUCUGCCGCCUCCGAGCCGCCGCGGAGGAAGAUGACGACGACGACGACGACGACGACGAGCCUGCCUCCUGCUUCUACGCCAUGAAAGUCGUCGACAAAGAAGCCGUCGCUCUCAAGAAGAAAGCGCAGAGAGCAGAAAUGGAGAGGAAAAUCCUCAAAAUGCUUGACCACCCGUUCUUACCUUCACUCUACGCUGAGUUUGAAGCCUCUCAUUUCUCUUGCAUUGUCAUGGAGUUUUGCUCCGGCGGUGACUUACACUCCCUCCGCCACCGCCUCCCUCACAAUCGCUUCUCUCUCUCCUCCGCCAGGUUUUACGCGGCGGAAGUGCUGGUGGCAUUGGAGUAUCUACACAUGCUAGGAAUCAUCUACAGAGACCUCAAGCCGGAGAACGUGUUGGUGAGAUCAGACGGUCACAUCAUGCUCUCCGAUUUCGAUCUCUCACUCUGCUCCGACGCAACCCCCGCCGUUGAGUCCUCUGAUUAUUCAUUCCCACCGGAGGAACCAUCCUGCACCCGCCACAACUCUACCCCGUUCUUCUCCUGCCUCUCGAACCGCCUCUUCCGGUCCAGAAAAGUGCAGACGGUUCAACCAAACCGCCUCUUCGUGGCUGAACCGGUGGGAGCCCGGUCGUGCUCCUUCGUCGGGACUCACGAGUACGUCUCGCCGGAAGUUGCCUCCGGGAACUCCCACGGCAACGCCGUGGACUGGUGGUCGUUUGGGAUAUUCAUCUACGAAAUGGUGUACGGUCGCACACCCUUUGCGGGUCCAUCAAAUGACGUUACGCUGCGUAGCAUCUUGAAAAAGCCUCUUGUCUUUCCUACCGCCACGCCCUCCAGCGCGCUUGAGAUGCACGCGCGGGACCUUAUUUCCGGGUUGUUAAACAAGGACCCGAACCGGAGGCUUGGGUCGAUGCGUGGCGCUGCUGACGUCAAGAAGCACCCGUUCUUUGCCGGGAUUAACCUGGCGUUGAUACGGAUGGUGGCGCCGCCGGAAGUUCCGUCGCUUAGAAGGCAAAAAACGACGCCGGUAGCCGGUAACAGGAAUAACAGUAAGCAACAGGCUGCGGCGUCGUUUGAUUACUUUUAAUUGGACGGUGGCGCGUUUUGCGCCACGUGUCUAGUCCGUGUUCCCAGAUUUUAAAACUGGUAGGGAGGUGACGUAUGUGUAUAUUUGAGCUGUUCUUACUUUUUAGUAACUGUUUUUUCAUAAAGUUAUAUAUAAUUAUGGCUUAAAUA